AUGGAUUACCAGAACGUCAAGCUUUCCAUAGAUCAGGGAAUUGCCACCAUACUCCUAAACCGCCCCGAUGCGAUGAACGCGCUGGGCCGUGAACUGGUCACUGACCUGUCGGCAGCGUUGACCGAUGUUGCGGGGGAAGAUUCGGUGAAGGCGAUGGUGCUUCGCGGCGAGGGACGCUGCUUCUGCGCCGGUGCCGACCUCAAGUACUUCCAGGACGCUUUCCAGACCCCGGAAGCGCUGCGAGCCUACCUGACGGAAAUCAACGAGGUGAUUUUCCAGGUGGAGGACAUGCCAAUACCAGUGAUCGCCGUGGUGCAUGGCUUCGCUCUGGCCGGAGGGCUGGAGCUGAUGAUGGCCUGCGACAUGGCAUUGGUGGCCGAUGAUGCGCGCAUCGGGGACCAGCACGUCAACUUCGGCCUGAUGCCGGGUGGAGGCUCGACGAUCCGUCUGCCUCGGCUGGUGGGCCCACAACGAGCGAUGGAGCUGCUGACCACGGGGCGCUGGCUGAACGGGCCGCAGGCGGUGGAGUGGGGGCUGGCGCUGCGCUCAGCACCCCUGGACGAGCUGGACGAGGAGCUGGAAAAGCUGGUGGCGCCGCUGCGAGGCAAGAGCCGGCCAGGCCUGGGCUGGAUCAAGCAGGUGACGCACCAGGGGCGCGACCUGACGGUGCGAGACGGCUCGGUCGUCGAGCAAAUGGCCUUCGCGCAGUACGUGGCCACGUCCGGCCACCCCGCGGAGGGCGUGCAGGCGUUCGUGGAGAAGCGCACGCCGCAGUUCUGA